UCCCAGCCACCCGCACCUUCCCCGACGGGACGGGGCUGUAGCGGAUGGCGCGGCGUUAGAGCCAACUGCAGAGAGGCGAGGCUCAACUUGGGGCCACUGGGGGGGCCGGGGAGCCGCGUCCGCUUCACCAUGAACCUAGUGGGCGGCUACCCCCAUCCACACCCUCACCAUCAUCCCCCUCACCCUCAUCCCAUGCUGCACGAACCCUUCCUCUUCGCUCCAGCCUCACGGUGUCAUCAGGAUCGGCCUUAUUUCCAGAGCUGGGUGCUAAGCCCCGGAGACGUGGCCCCAGAUUUUCCUGGGAGGCGACCGCCGCCGGCUACCUACAGCCCGGAUGCGGCCGGGACCGCGGGGCCAGCGCAGAGCCCUGGCAGGCUGGAGGCGCUGGGUGGUCGCUUGGGCAGGCGGAAAGGCGCGGGGCCCAAGAAGGAAAGGCGGCGCACUGAGAGCAUCAAUAGCGCCUUCGCAGAACUUCGCGAGUGCAUCCCCAACGUGCCCGCUGACACCAAGCUCUCCAAGAUCAAGACCCUCCGCCUGGCCACCAGCUAUAUCGCUUACCUCAUGGACGUGCUGGCCAAGGACGCUCAGGCCGGGGACCCCGAGGGCUUCAAGGCGGAGCUCAAGAAAGUGGACAGCGGCCGCGAGAGCAAGCGUAAGAGGGAGCCGCCCAGCGAAGGGUAUCCUCACCCCCUGGGACCCGGAGAGAAAAAGAUUAAAGGGCGGACAGGCUGGCCACAGCAAGUCUGGGCUUUGGAGCUCAACCAGUGAGAAGCAGCCUCGGAAAGGGUAUUCAGCACUCAGAAAAUCCGCCGGGCGCCAUCGGAGUACGAGGCAAGACUACUAUUUCUGGCUGUCCAUUAUUUUCUCAUUCUGUUAUGGAUAUCUUGAGUACUCCUGAGAGUUGUCAGCAGCAAAACUGGUCAAGUGCAAUGCCCUUUGAAAUUUUUUU